ACCGCUUAAUCUAGCAAGUGCAAGAUUUGUUGUUGCUUUUGGGCUACAGAUUGCAUCGCAAACAGAAAGCUAAACAGUGAAGCCUUUUUUGGACCAUUUCAUCUUACAUGCAAAACAUAAACCAUAGGUCUUAUCAAUCUUGCUCGUAAUCGAGCUGGGUAGCUCCCACAAAUGGCUCGCCUAAUUCGACCGGAACAAGCAAAACAGUUGCACUUUUUGUUAGAUCAACCGGAAGAAGUGCUGAUUGAGUUUUGCAAGCUUGCCAUCGAGUACAUAAACUCGGGAAUCAACGAGAAGAAAUGCACCGUAGCUGCAAAAAAACUAUCAACCACGUACGAAACUGUGCGCGGUGCACUGGAAGCGCUUGUCGCACUGCUUAUCGACAGCACCAAGCUCGCCCUCUCGGAGCGUGAGUUCCACACCGUCGUUCAAGCGGCGCUGGAAACGAUCAACGAAAAGCAAACCGAAAUACUGUGGCAAUUCAUAACCAGCAAGCGCACGCUGGUGGACAAUGUGUUGCGCGCCUCCUGCCAGGAUGAGCUCUACUUCCGCGAUCUGGAGUGGCGCAUCGAGGGGCGUAUCGCUUCCCGCACGAUACGAUCGCAAGCGACGCCGGUUAUUAAGAUGAAGUUCCAUCUAGAUACGGAGUGUGUCAGCGAGUACAGGGACAAAUUGCACCCCGAGCCGGUGGACCAUGCGCCGGAAGCAGAAGCAACGAAGCAACCGCCCACCCGGAGGGAGGUGUUGGCGGAAACGGAUCCGGCCAUGCUGCAACACAUGAUACAGGUGCUGGAGCAGGCGUUGCUGGAGGCGCGUACCCGUCGCGUUCGGAAUUAUGUUAAGCCAACGCCGAGCUAAACCUCGAAUAAAUCCACUAUCAAUUGCACAUUCCA